AUGGGCGACAGCCAGAGUUCUAGUGAGAAAGAUACGUUCCUACAGGAUUACAGCGCCGAAGAACUUCGAAUUGCUUCCGAGUUCUUGUCCAAUUGGCUGCCGUUUCUCUCCCGUGCACUCUGCAAUAGCUGUGCUGAAACUCUGUCUGAUCGUGUCGGAUCCCUCAACCCAGAAACUGAUGUUGAAGGACCUGGUAAAAGGGAAGGGAAUUUUGCAGUUUCGGCUAUCAUGGAUCUGAUUAGAAAUAAAGAAGAAUGUGAUUGUUCAGUUGGGAGUUGGAAAGAUAGUGCGGAUUAUAAUGAUAACACAGAUACAUAUUCAUUGGGCAGCUGGAAAGAUGAGGUAGAUGGAUCUUCAGACCCGGCUGCUGAUGUCUCGUCAAAUAGUGAAUCAUCAAACUUGUUAGCACAUCUUCCAAGCUCGAAGGUGAAAAUGUCCUGGGCUGAUAUGGCUCAAGAGGAUGAGCUUGACACAGGUGAAGACAAUGGUAGUAGUACAUUUGGCAGCGUGCAAGAGGGAACGACAUUGGAGGAAGCUAAGCCAAAGCCGGGGUUAUCAAGGGAGCAAAGAGAGAGCAUUCGUUUCCGUUGUGUGAGGAGGAAGAAGGAUUUUAUCUGUUUUGAAAGAGUUAAUGGGAAAUUCGUGAACAUUCUAGAUGGCCUGGAGUUACAUACAGGUGUCUUCAGUGCAGCAGAUCAAAACAGGAUUGUUAAGUACGUUGAAAAGCUUCAAGAGAUGGGGCGCAACGGGAAGCUGAGAGAGCGUACCUACUCUGCGCCGCAGAAGUGGAUGAGGGGAAAGGGACGCAUCACUCUUCAGUUUGGUUGCUGUUACAAUUAUACUGUAGAUGAGGAAGGCAAUCCACCAGGCAUCCUCAAGAAUGAAAUGGUUGAUCCUUUGCCUCAUCUUUUUAAGGCUAUGAUCGAAAGGCUCAUUAUGUGGCAUGUUCUACCUCCAUCGUGUGUUCCCGAUAGUUGUAUCGUCAACAUUUAUGAAGAGGGAGAUUGUAUAACGCCUCACAUUGAUAGUCAUGAUUUCGUUCGACCUUUUUGUACCGUCUCAUUCCUUAGCAAGUGUGAUGUACUUUUCGGAUCAAACUUGAAAAUAGUGGGUGCUGGUGACUUCACUGGUGCUCUUGCAAUUUCUCUGCCAGUUGGAUCUGUUCUUGUCUUAAAUGGAAAUGGAGCUGACGUGGCUAAGCACUGUGUGCCAGCUGUUCCUACAAGAAGGAUAUCGAUUACCUUUAGAAAAAUGGACGAAUCUAAACAGCCCAUCGGAUAUGUCCCUGAAUCUGAUCUACAAGGGCUUCAGCCAUUGCCUUUUGGAGUGGACACAUCCAAGAAUCGCAAUCCAUCAGAACAGAGGCAUUUUUCAAAAAACCAAGCAGCUGGAAGGGAGGAGAGGAUCGGCAGAGGAAGGUACUCGAAUGCCCAUUAUUCAGGUUGA